AUGAUCAAAGAACUCCCCAACUACUCGCGACCCCUCCCACCUAUCCCUAAGAGAGAUAUUCCAUCACUACCUCAGGAAUCCCCAUCCUCUCAGACCGAAGCCGUAGAGGUUGAGUCAAAGAUCAUCUCCAAAGACGCCGAAUCCGAGCUCCCCCAGAUUCCUGAGGACCGUCCGUCGACAUCUCACGGAUCCUCGUUCUCCAAGCGUGAAGCUGCGGUGAUUGAGUCAAAGGUUAUCUACAAAGAUGCCGAGGAUGAGGAGGCUGGUCCUGCCACACUGUGCUCCAUUGCCGAGAUCCAGUAUCGGCAGUCUAUCAGUCGGGAGUUGAAGGCGGCCAAGAGGGCUAGGAUGGAACGGAGGAAAAAGAAGGUUGCCAGUGCGUUGUGUAUAAUUUUCUGCGUGAAGGGCAUGCGGAGAGCGAGUUAG